GAUAGUCACCCCAUACUCGUUCUGGGAAUCCUGUCCCUUUAUAUACAUAUUAUUUUUAAUACUAUUCUUCACGGCCACUACUACCCUCAGCUUGCUCUCGUUUAAGUUGCGUCACAUGGCCAUCCCGCAUCAGUCUUGAGAAGAGCGCCUGUUGCACUGCACGCCUUUAACCUUUCCUCAGGAAUACACUCCCUAUCAAUCACUAAGCUUGAUUUUGAGUGAAUGCGUUGGAGCUGUUUCUGAGCUGGAAAUUGUAAUUUCGGUUUACCAUCUAGAAAUCGGGGGAUGCAGUACGUGCGCAGUAUCAGCGGUUCCGUUUCCAAGACAUGGAACUCCAUCAAUCCAGCUACUCUCAGCGGAGCCAUCGAUGUGAUCGUUAUCGAACAGGAAGAUGGUACCCUCGCGUGUUCCCCAUUCCACGUUCGAUUCGGUAAAUUUUCGCUACUUCGCCCUUACGAGAAAAAGGUAGAAUUUCGGGUAAACGGGGUCAAGCAAGACUAUGCGAUGAAACUUGGGGAAGGCGGGGAAGCAUUUUUCGUUUUCGAAACUUCAGACAAUAUUCCUGAGUCUUUACAGACAUCGCCUUUAGUCUCCCCGGUCUCAAGCCCCAAGCGUGGUCUAACUGAUGGCGGAACACCUCUCCAGGAACCUGACUAUCUGGACCUUACUUUUGAUAAACAAAAUAACACGGGAGCAGAUGAUGGUGCCCAACACUCUCCGCCCGUAAAUAUCUCAGGGCUCGGGAGAGCAAAGAGUGAUUUGGGAACUACGACAUUACUUUCGGGGUCAUCGGAGGAUGGUUCUUCUCGUCCGGCGCAUGCUGCACCCUGGCUGGCACCGGCCGUUACGCUGGAUCGGUCUCGGUCGGAGGAUUUAUCAACUGAACCGACCUCCAGGAGUCUUGGGCCACCAGUGGAAUUCGGCCCCAAGAACGUUUUGGUACCUUCCUCUCCCCCACAGCGGAGGAGUCCUUUGUCCGAGCGAUCACGAAGCCCUCCCCAUAUAACGCCCGAAGAAGCCCUCUCACGAGCCAUGGCGCUUUCUAGGAAGUUAUCUAUCUCUAAUAUUCCAUCACAUGUGACGGAGAGUGGGGACUUAAUGUUGGACAUGACGGGUUAUAAGAGCAGUGACGAGGAUGCGCUUCGCGCCGAAGUGAUUGCUCGAAAACUGCUUGCGGAGGAACUUGAGGGCAAUUAUGACAUCGGAGCGUUAAUUGGUGCUGACGAGCAUGGGAACUUAUGGAUCUAUAGUAGCGAGGAGUCUAAAGAGGCAGCAAGCCAUAGAGCAGCAUUGCACCCAUCGAGGACCAUGGACGAUGCGGUUUCCGACCCUGGCUAUCACAGCGAAAGCGAACAGAGCGGUAAUGAAACACAAGCGACUCAAAGACAUCAUCGAUCCCAGUCCGUUCUCCAACAAUUUCCUGCUGACUUUCAAACGCCUAGCGAUGGAGAGACCGUCGAACCGAGUCGCAAUUAUGCCAAGACCCUUAGACUAACAAGUGAACAGCUGAAAGCAUUGAAUCUGAAGCCUGGAGCCAAUGAAAUGACUUUCAGUGUCAAUAAAGCUACAUGCCCUGCGGCAAUGUAUUUGUGGAAUUACAAAGUGCCUAUUGUGAUCUCUGACAUUGAUGGGACAAUUACGAAGUCUGAUGCCCUUGGGCAUGUGCUUAACAUGAUCGGCCGUGAUUGGACUCACCUCGGGGUCGCCAAGCUGUACAAUGAUAUAGUUAGCAACGGAUAUAAUUUGAUGUACCUCACGAGUAGAUCCACUGGCCAAGCGGAUACAACCCGAACAUACCUCAACGGCAUUGUCCAGGAAGGCUACAAGCUGCCUAAAGGGCCUGUCAUAAUGAGUCCGGACAGAACAAUAGCCGCUCUACGCCGUGAGAUAUACUUGAGGAAGCCAGAGGUAUUCAAAAUGGCCUGUCUACGCGAUAUCCUGAGCCUGUUCCGUGGACGGAAAAACCCUUUCUAUGCUGGUUUCGGCAACCGACUCACUGACGCACUCAGUUAUCGGUCAGUGAACAUCCCUUCAUCGAGGAUAUUUACCAUCAACUCAAAUGCAGAGGUUUCGCUGGAUCUGCUGAGUUUGAAUAAGUAUAAGAGUAGUUACGUAACCAUGCGUGAACUUGUCGACCACUUUUUCCCACCAGUCAGAAUGCUUGUUCAAGAAGGCGGGGAAGAUUUCACGGAUUUCACGUAUUGGCGGGAUCAGCCCAGAGACCUGGACAAUUUCUCUGCGACGGAUACGAGUGAUGAUAGUGACGGUGAGGACGAGCAUGAGGAUGAGGGUAGCGAGGAUGGGUAUGAUGGCGAAUACAUGCGUGAUAGUUAUAUUUCGAUGGAUCAUCGACAUCCCAGAGCAGACAGGCGAAAUUUAGCCAAUUCGAUGUUAGAGGAAUAUGCGUCUGAAGAUCAAGCUGAGGGGUCGGAUUUGGAAGAUGAAGAAGAGGGAGAUUUCGACGUUGACAAUAAGGAUCAUUUGGAACAGGAUUCAGAUUCGGAUGGGGAUGAGGACGAGGACGAGGAUCCGGACUCGGGAGGGGGUGUUAGGCUCGCGACUUUAUCGAUUAAUGGUGGGAGCAGGCACUCCGAAGCGUUACCUGCGUGA